AUGUUGAAGAGUGAAACGACGGAAUUGCGUGCAGAAUUGCAGAAAAUACGCGAGGAAACCAACGAAGAGCUUCGCAAACAGAAAAAUGAGCCUUUUGAAAUGAAAGCAGUCCAGGUUAGAAUCGCUAACGUGAUCAUUACUGAAAUCAUUGAUCAAUUAAUUUAA